GUCAUUUCCUUCAGGGAGAAGAGCUUAACGGACCUAUUUUUUCUUUCGCUCAACCAAACUCGCAGAAUGAAGGAGAUGAAGAGCGAGAGGGAGCGAGGAAGCCGGCGAAGGCACCGGGAUGGGGACGUGGUGGCGGCAGCGACGGUGGUGGUGAAGCAGGAGCGCCUCAGCCCGGAAGCCGCGCCUCCAAUCCACCGCCGUUCGGACUUCUCCGGCGGCAGCCCGUCCCCGCCGCCCGGCGAGGCCGGCCGCCCCGGCCACCGUGGGAACCGAGCCCGAGGAGUUAGCCGGUCCCCAGCCAAAAAGAAAAACAAGACUUCAGGGAGAAGAAGCAAGUCUCCUCGGAAUAAGAGAAGCCGAAGUCCUCAUCACUCAACAGUCAAAGUGAAGCAGGAGCGGGAGGAUCAUCCCCGGAGAGGACGGGAGGAUCGGCAGCACCGUGAAUCAUCAGAACAGGAACACAGGAGAGCUAGGAACAGUGACCGAGACAGACACCGGGGCCAUUCCCGCCAAAGGAGAAGUUCUGAUGAGAGGCCUGGGAGCGGGCAGGCCUCUGGACGGGAUCGAGACAGCCAAAACCUGCAGGCUCAGGAGGAAGAGCGGGAGUUUUAUAAUGCCAGGCGCCGGGAGCAUCGCCAGAAGAAUGAAAUCAGUGGCAGUGCUAAUGAGGCUCAGGAGGUGAUUCCUCGACCUGGUGGCAAUAAUAAAGACAAAGAGGUGCCUGCUAAAGAAAAACCAAGCUGUGAACUUUCUGGUGCACUUCUUGAGGACACCAACACUUUCCGGGGUGUAGUCAUUAAAUACAGYGAGCCCCCAGAAGCUCGUAUCCCCAAAAAACGAUGGCGUCUCUACCCCUUUAAAAAUGAUGAGGUACUUCCAGYCAUGUAUAUCCAUCGACAGAGUGCCUACCUUUUGGGUCGACAUCGCCGCAUUGCAGACAUUCCAAUUGAUCAUCCCUCGUGUUCAAAGCAACAUGCAGUCUUUCAGUAUCGGCUUGUGGAAUACACCCGUGCUGAUGGCACAGUUGGCCGAAGGGUGAAGCCCUACAUCAUUGACCUUGGCUCAGGCAAUGGAACCUUCUUGAACAACAAGCGCAUUGAGCCACAGAGAUAUUAUGAACUGAAAGAAAAGGAUGUGCUUAAAUUUGGAUUCAGCAGCAGAGAGUAUGUCUUGCUUCAUGAGUCAUCAGAUACCUCUGAACUAGACAGAAAGGAAGAUGAGGAUGACGAGGAGGAGGAGGAAAUAGUGUCUGACAGCUAGCAAACUUAACCAAACCAUUGAGACAUUUUUCCUUCUUGGAAGACUUUAGGAUUGCCUCAAAGAGCACGGUGGUGCUCUCUGUAAUGCCUUUUAUUGCCUUAAGUCUUUCCUGUGUUGCUGACCAGCUUAUUUUACAGUGUAAGAACACUGACUUAGAUUUUGUUGAACUUUUUCCUGUGGCACAUCAGCCACGUGUCUGUGCCAUUUGUUUUCAGAAGAGUCUCACCGAUUACAACACGUCGUUUUAGUAGAAGCAUUGUGGCUUUAGUUGGUGCUUUCAGAACUGCUGCCUAGGAAACUAACCCUUAUUUGAAGGGGAGUCAUGGCUUGUUCUCUUUGUAUAGUUACUUUAUUAUUUAUUUAGUUGUUAAGCUUUGUGGAYCAGGAGUUUUUGUUUGGGGGCAAACCUCUAAACAGAAUCUUAAUAAGCUUUGGUUGUCACCAAAACAGCCUCCACCAAAGCUUUGACCUGGUUGAGCUCUUGAGUCAUAGAAGUUGAUUU